GCUCUUUGCUGCCCAUGAAAUUCUACCUUAACACGGCUGGCAUAGGGGAGUUACCAGUCCUCAAUUACCAUGGGAAUGUGAAGUGAAGGGGACCUGGCAACACUGUAAUGCUCGAAGCACUGACAGAAGUUAGGGAAUAUCAAUUUCGGCCAUAAAAAACUAAAAGAUGACACUUACCGGUACCACAGUUGCGUUCUUCGCUCUAAUUGUUUUACUCACUUUAUCGUUAGGAUAUUCUUCAACGAAUGAAUAUACCGCGGCACGAGUUGAGAGUUGCAGAGGCUGCAGUCUUAACCGGCUACCCGAGGUGAAAAAAUUCAUCUUCGAAGAUCUUCCUCUCUAUGAGAACGUUGAAUUCAAGCCAAUACCUGGGGCUGUACCAGAACUUGUUCUGCUGAAUAAGAAUGAUGAGGAAGUGGAGAGGCUGCAACUUUCUCGAUUAAAUCGUGAGGAAUGCAACGAAUUGUUAGUUAAUAAGGGUUUUAAAAUAUCAAGACCCAUUAAAGAUGAAAUAUAAUUGUCUGAAGUAAUUGAUGUAUCAUACAUUCUGUAAUUAUUCAUACGUCUGAAGAAAAAUACAGUAUGAUUUUUAAUUUCGAAAAA